CUGACUGGGAGAUGGGGCAGAGAUAACGGUGGGAACGUACCUAGCCGUGAUCACACCACGACAUCCAGCACAGCGGAGCACCCCACUGCAUUGAAUAUCAGGGCGCCCAAUCAAGAAACCCAUCGCUCUACAGGCCCCAGUGAUGACCUGCCGACGGAAGAGAAAUCCAAACAUAAUGUGAAGCAACAGUUAAGCAGAAAAGGAGGAAAUUGCAGAGGGCAAGUUGUGACAAGCACACCCGUCUGGAAUGCUCAGAGAGCGAUCGUAUUGUUCGAAGAAGAAACCGGCGAGAUUAGACCUUGUUGUCACUUGACAGCAGGGAUGAAAGAACACCAGAGAGGCACCAGGCCCAAAGAGAAGAAUGAAAAAAGCCUAACCCGGAGUCACACUGCCUAUAAACCGACGUGUCCGAUACUUCUUUCCGGAAGUAAUUCAUGGGAUCCUUCCACCUGGGAAACUACAAAGAUCCCCCUUUGA